GCAACAUCUCUACACUGACGGAUAUAACCUUACAAAAAACAAGCUUUUAUAUGAAUAAACUUCAGCAUUUCGUAAAAUUCGUUUUGAUCAGUUAAGAAUGAAUGCGUUUAUGUCCGGACAGAUUUUGCUUUCCAGAACUGCCGCAUUAAUUAAUGGCAAGAUUCCAGGAGUAUAUGCAAAUAGGGCCAACUUACUCAAAUUCAACAUUACGAUAGCAAGACCCACAAGCGAUAGCAAAUCCAUUCUAGAUGGCACUGAAAUACCCGAGAAACCCAAGAAGCCUCUGACCCCCUAUUUCAAGUUUUUACUUGAGAAAAGAACUGCUCUGCAUAAAGAAAAUCCAUCACUCAAGAGCAAGGAUUUAAUACAAUUAGUUGCUGAAAAGUGGAGAGCACUAAGUCCCGAAGAUAAAGAUAAAUUUGAAGCAGAAUCUAUGCAAGAUAAACAAAAGUAUCAGCUGGAAAUGCAAUUAUAUAAAGAGAAGUUAACAACUGAACAGGAAGAAGCACUUCAUCAGCUUCAAAUCGCCAAACGUAAAGAACGGACCCAACGUAGAGUGAAAAAAGAAUCUAAAGCCGAAGGAAAACCAAAGAGACCUUUGUCCUCAUAUGGGUUAUUUAUUCGUGAUCAUGGAUCUAGUGGUAAAUCUUUCAAGGAACUUCUAUCAGAAUUGAAAAGUAAAUGGGAAAAUCUAUCGGAAGUUCAGAAAGAAAAAUAUCAUAUAGAAUCGAAUAAAAACUGGGAAAAUUAUGAAACGGAGUUGCAAAAGUGGGAAAAUGAUCGAGUUGAGGAAGGCAAAUUACACCUUGUGAGGACCAAAACCAAAAAAAGUUUGCAGUUACUUAAGAAAAAAUCCAAGCCCAAUAAGACCAACACAGAAUAGGGAUACGAGUGUCUUCACUCUGAAAAAUACGCCUCGUCAAGUGAAGGCACUGUACCUCUAGGAACUGGAAAAAUAUCAACGGUAGACGAAGGUAGUGAGCACAUAUCUAGAUCACAGAUAGCUUUACCAGAACACCAAUUAGAAAAAGCUCACACUUCAAAAACUGUUGAUAAACCUAUUUCCAGUUCACAAAAUCGGAUAAUUGAGGCUGAAAGUACGGUAGAAAAAAACAAACCUGAAACAGAAAGGGACUCAAAUUCAAUGCUGAACAAGUUCCGAAAUAUUUUUAAGUUUUAAAUUCAGAUUGCAAGUUUGUUCAAAGUGAAGACCAGGUCUGAAAUGUGUGUAUUGCGUUUACUAUCUUAACUUACAUAUUUUUCUUGUAGCGUUUCAUAUUACGUUUCUAAGUAAGAAUGCGUCUCAUUUUCUUUUCUUUGGUUUAUUUUGUUAGCUUAUUUGAAGUAAGUUAUGUCUGAUCAAACGGGUGCAGUUUUUACCGAAACAAAUCGUUCAUUUUCUUUUUAAUAUUCUUUUGUCACUCAUUUCUGAAGACAUGAAUAUCACGUCUAUGUAAGAAAAAUACCGCUACGAUUUCUGUUUUUUUUUAGUUAACUUAAGUAUCGAGUAUAUUAAUAAUAGUAGAAAUGAAUUUGUGACUACUCCGACUGUUAUUAUAUUUUUGUUUUAAUAGAAUCCCCUACCCAAAAUAUGUUUGUCCUAUAUUAAAGUGUUUUGCUUUUCUAAAUAAAAAACAUAUUUUAUGUUUA